UAUCGAUACCACAUUUAUCGAAUUGCACCAUGUAAACAAAUUGAAUUCACAAUUUCGUUUUAUUGUGAAAGCUUGCCCCUUAUAAUAGAGUGAUUAGCGUCGGGAGGAGCUACUACCAUGUCAUUGCCCACGACCAGAGCUACCACGGCAACGGCAACCCACGCGGUUGUCCAGGCCGUGGAUUCGUACAUUCAGAACCAGAAUUUGCUGGGCGAGAUCGCCGAACUGGACGACAUGCUGUACGAUCUGGUGCAAAUGCACAAGGACAACGAACUGGCGCUGAAGCGGGUGCUGCAGUGCAUCCACAAUCUGCUGCAGACGAACUGCAAGUGGAACGUACGCUUCGGUCCAAAGGUGUUCCACAAACUCGUCUCCGUGGUGAUUGCAGAUAGCCAAGAGGAUUCAGUCAGUCGGCGGCAACUGGUGGCCAACUUGCUGGUCUGCGUGCAGCUCCAUAUCCGAAAGUUCCCGCGCAUCGAGGCCAAGUUCGUGCUGCAACAGCUCUGGUCGCUGAGCCAGAGCAAUGAGAACCAGCCUCAUGCGGCCCAGAUCUUGGUCCAUCUCUUCGAGGAAUUUUUACACAACCUGGGCCCGGAUUGCGGCCCAGAAUUGCUGGCUAUCACCCAGAAUCUCCUGCAAUCCGAAGUGCGCGAGGAUCGCCGUUCGGCUUAUUUCCUUAUGCACAAGCUGCAGGAGAACAAGGAAGUGAUGGCUGCGCUGCAGUGCAGCGAACUGCAGUGGAGCGCUUUGGUGGGCAUCAUGGAGAACCUCGAAGAGCAGCAGUCACACCUGGUGCUGCCCACCUUGAGCACCCUGCUGCCACGCUUGGGCUUGAUGUCUAGUAACUUGAGUAACGAUUGGCUGGCCUGGCUAAGGAUUCUGUGCAUACGCCUCCUGGGCGACAACAACAUCCUCGUGCUGCGCUGGACCCUCAAGUACUUCCUGUCGCACUCCAGCCUGAGUCAGCUGUCCCGCUUCAAUUUGCUGCCCGAAUUCCUGGCUGCCACCAACCGAACGCAGCUUUACAAUCCGGAGGUGCCCGAUUGCCUCACACAGGAGCAAAUAAAAGACUUCGUUGGGGAAUCACAGCCGGAAUCUUUGCUGGAGGCUCUAGUUGGUGUUCCAUGGCAUUGUGUCCCAUUGCUCCAUUGGAUGGUCGGCUGGGGACUAGAACCGCUGCCCUUGGUUUCCAAGGGGUUGCUUUUUCAGUUAGGUGCCCGCAUUCGCGCCCUGCAAAAUACUAUUCUGCGAGAUGCUGCCAUCAAGGCAUUAAACUAUUCGUUAAGUGCCACCAUUGACAGUCUGUCUUUGGGCGAUUACCUUCUCUUUAUUGAGUCUUUGUAUAAUACUAUUGACAAAUAUGUUGACCACCAUAGACUUCAAAUUAAAAUCAAAAACUGCAGCGAUUUGGUGGAGCAUAUUGGAAAUUUCAACAGUCGUUGCUGCGAGAUAGUCUCUCAAAUGGACUAUAAGUUGGAUGUUUUCGUUGCUUUUUUGGAGAAAUUAACGACUGUGCCGAAAUCCCAACAUGGUUGGUGGCGUCUUUUACCCAUAUUUUUACACCGCCAGCUGGAUAAUCCCGAAAUAUUCUUGAGUUUCUAUCGGUCUGUAUAUAACGUGGAUACAUCAUUGCUGCAGAGUGGUGUCAGUCUGGAGAAAUUGCGGCAACACCUGCUUGAUCGCUUGGAUUGCCAGACCAGAGAGGAAAAGUCCUUUGUCCGAGAGCACUGCGUAGAUCUGUUUGUUAGACUUAAUCUACAAACAUGGAACAAAUUGAAGGAGUUGAACCUAAAGCCCUUGGAACUGCUGGACCAGGGAACUGAAGAUACAUUUUUAGUCUUGUCAAUUCUUUUGUCCACGCAUAAACAACACCUAGAAGUGGAGGAGGCGAAUGUCUUGCCCGCUCUUAUUUCCCGCUUGGGAAAGCUUAAGUGUCAGGAAACGCAAGCAAUCUUGUUAUACGCGUCAGACAGUCUUUCUGCAGAAGAGUACGAGAAAUGCGUGGUGGAUGUCUUGCAAAGGAACACUUUCUUAUUGGGUACCAUGAAUUGCGAAGAUUACAUUAAAGCACCGUCCUCUUUUGUCCUAAAAAAGCUGCUGGAAGGAGAAACCACCACUGGCGACGCACGAAUAGAACGAGCUUUCGAGCUUACAUUCGGUCAGAUCGGAGAUGCGGAAGCCACGACCCGAGUGCAAUUUAUUGGCUAUGCAAAUAAGUACAAAGACUUGAAUGUGAGUAGCAUCUGUGACGAUUUGUUGAGCAUGAACAACGAGCUGUCCAGAAAGAAGCCACGUUAUUUUGCCAACUGCAAGGAACAUAGAAUGAAAAUGCGAAUCGCCAAAGCGCUUCUCGACCUAAGCGAUCGUUGGAAAUGGUCGAAUGAUUUAUGGGAGGCCGCCUUGUGUUCCAGUGAUCAGCCAAACAUAAGCUUCAUGUACGAGUACCUUGUGGCCAAGAUGUUACCCAUUAUCGAUCCGUUACUGGAACAACUAAAGCUGCUGCCAACUCUGAAGCCCAGUCAACAAAUGUCGCUAGUCUCUGUUGUGCAUAUUUACUGCCUGGCUCGCUGGGAAAGUCUAAAACUGGAGCAGUUAUCCGAAAUCUUUGCCGUUCUAAUACCACUCACAAUGGGUGCGAAUUUUCAGACUCGACUGUUGGCCCAGUUGGUCCUGUAUCGCCUUUGUACUAAAUGCGAACUAAGUAGCAUUCCAAUGCCCAUAGCUGAUGCAUUGAAGCACUCCAUCGAGGUUACUUUGGGUGACAAAUUGGAUGAGUUCCAAAGCGAAGCUCGACUUUUGCUACCGGAAGUGGGCUUACAAUGCCCUACGAGUAUUUCUGACGCCAUUCUCUGGAUGACGAAUGCACCCUUUGAUGAAAACAUUAAUUUUGUCAGGUGUGGAUAUCACUUUAGAAUGAAACUUGAGCGGGCUCGUCAUUUUUUUCAAGCGAAAAAGUCAGGAUUGACAACUGAGAUGGCCUCGCCUUCGGGUGCAUGCAACGGAAAUGUGCAGAGGAAAAUGAAUCCCAUUGGAGAUAUCUAUCCGAAAAGUGACUUUGCCGAUGCGAGCACAGCUUCUGAUCAGAAUGAGCUAAUUGUGGUGGCUUCCCUCAUAGACAAGCUGCCCAAUUUGGGAGGAUUGGCGCGCACUUGUGAAGUGCUGGGUGUUAAGACGCUGAUAUUGGGCCUGAAAUCGCAGGCGGAGAAAAGCGAUUUUACUAACUUAAGCAUGACGGCCGAGAAAACUUUAAGCAUUGUCGAGGUAAAACCGGAAACUCUUGCUGAAUUUAUAUUGGACAAGCAAAUGGAGGGAUAUAAAAUAGUUGGAGCUGAACAAACAGCACACAGCACAAACUUUGUUGACUUUAAGUUUCCCAAGAAGAGCAUUUUAUUGUUGGGGCAUGAAAAGCAUGGAAUACCAGCUGACCUUAUUGGAUUCUUGGACUACGCCGUCGAGAUUCCUCAGUUUGGCUUAGUGCGCUCUUUAAAUGUCCAUGUGACUGGAUCACUUUUUAUUUGGGAGUAUUGCAAGCAGCACUUAGCAAAAAAGUAAAUCGUUUUAUAAAAUCCAAUUCACAAAUGCCUUAAGGAACCCAAGUACAAAUGUAUUUGUAUAA